UCCCCCCGUACCUGAUCCUCCAUCAUUUGCCAGAGAGUUAAUGGGAGCUGAAAUGAAAAUGCUUGCUGCUUUUAGGCAAUGGACCUCACCAUGACCGUUGCUAUACUUAUAAUGAAAACAACUUGGUGGAUGGUGUUUAUUGUCUCCCAAUAGGACACUGGAUUGAGUCAACUGGGCACACCAAUGAGAUGAAGCAUACCACGGACUUCUAUUUUAAUAUUGCAGGCCACCAAGCCAUGCAUUACUCAAGAAUUCUACCAAAUAUCUGGCUGGGUAGCUGCCCUCGUCAAGUGGAACAUAUAACCAUCAAACUGAAGCAUGAAUUGGGGAUUACAGCUGUAAUGAAUUUCCAGACUGAAUGGGAUAUUGUACAGAAUUCCUCGGGCUGUAACCGCUACCCAGAACCCAUGACACCAGACACCAUGAUUAAGCUCUAUAGGGAAGAAGGCUUGGUCUACAUCUGGAUGCCGACACCAGAUAUGAGCACCGAAGGCCGAGUGCAGAUGCUGCCCCAGGCCGUCUGUCUCCUGCACGCGCUGCUCGAGAAUGGACACACCGUAUACGUUCACUGCAACGCCGGGGUCGGCAGGUCCACGGCGGCCGUCUGCGGCUGGCUCCAGUACGUGAUGGGCUGGAAUCUGAGGAAGGUGCAGUACUUCCUCAUGGCCAGAAGGCCAGCUGUGUACAUUGACGAAGACGCACUGGCCCGGGCAGAAGAAGACUUUUUUCAGAAAUUUGGGAAGGUUCGUUCUUCCAUAUGUGGUGUGUAGGUGGCCCAUCUGCCUCCCCAACCUCUCAAUUUCCUUAGGAACCCAGUUUCCUUAGGUGAUGUUAGUAGAAUGACCUAGAAACAAAGAUUCCACCAGAACUGAAAAGACCGGUCACUUGGCUUUGCCCUCAGCCUGCCCCCUUUCGUCUGGGGCUUUCUGUUAAUGCUUUGGCUGGGCUGUAUUUUCUUUGAAGUAUUUUUACAGAGGAAGCUGUGACUGACUGACACGUGAGAAAAAGCCACAAGCAAAUUGGACUGUGCAGUGUUCUAGCAUCAGACGGAAAAGGAAAGCGUGCAUUUGUUGUAUGGCGGCUUAACGAGCGCACCUUCUCAUGGCAUUGUAAUGUGACCUGCGGAACAAAAGUUGGGGGAUCCGUAGAUGUGACCACUUGUGUGUUGAUGCAUGCACGCACACAUGCACAGCUUUUCUGCUCAAUUGAACUGAAGUGAUACAAUGAGAACUGGCCAGUUGCCAAAGAAGGGAAUAUGGGUAGAAGCAUGGACCAUGACAGAGGAGGAGCUCCCAUGACUGAGAAGUGAUGGCUUUCUAGACUUGGUGUUGGCAUCCUGCUUCCCCAGUGUUCCAGUUGGUUUCAGGGCAUGACCUUCUGUACCCACAACCCUGUGUGACAACCACAGUGGAGUUGUUGUCUCUCCCUUUGGUUUAAUUGAGGCUCAACGAGCGUAGACAGCUUGCCCAAGGUCUCACGGCUAGUCAGGGACCAGCUGGUGUUUAAAACCCACACUUAUGUGACUCAGUGCUUUCAACACAACUUGUUGAUUUUCCAGCACAGUGUAGUGGAUUCUGUUUCUCUCUCUCAGAGUAAGGUCAAUUUUUUUGCAACAGUUUCUACAGUGAGAAAUGGAACAGCCUUCUGAUUAGUUGCCAAGGAAUUUAGGAAAGUAGCUCUAUUUUGUGCAACCUAAUUUAAAACAUGGUGGGCUGUCUCAACACCCAAGAGGCCUGAGCCAUAGCUCACCAUACCAGAAGAGCCCCAAUCCAUAGAUAAUUGUUGCACAGCUUAGGAGUGGUCCUGUUUCAGCCCUCAGUUUUUUUAUUUUUUAUUUUUUUUAAAGAUUUUAUUUAUUUGACAGAGAGAGACACAGUGAGAGAGGGAACACA